AUGGAAGGGCAAAACUUGAUGCCAGAAGAACAAGGAAUGAAGAAUGAAAUUAAUUCUGUUUUACCGCCUCCACCUGGAUUGAUAGCUGCAACCCAGCAAGUGGGACGAUCCUGGCCACAACCAACAGUAUUACCACAAAGCACACCUUCAUUGGUUAGCGGAUAUGCAUCAAUGCCAGUUAUCCCCUAUCCGGGUCAGCCAGUUCAACAGUUUAAUCCAACCAUGAUGGUCCCUACUGCCAACGCCUUAUAUAAAGGUGGUGGAGCUCCCGAUGUGCAUAGUCAGACUAGUAGCAAUGAUGGAUCGAGUGGAAGUGAAAAAAGACGGGGAGGUCGUGCUGUUCUACCCCCAGCUCCAGUUUCGGCUAUUUCACAUCAAAAGGGUACAUCCUUAUCUUUGGCAGCAGUUCCGCAAUCCAUGGGUAUUCAAAAACAAAAUCGUCUUGACGAAGUUCCUCAGGAUUUGACAUCAAGUCGUCAAAGUUUUCGUAUCGCUAUGAGUCAGCCAUUCGAAUUUUUUGUUGAUAAUUUAUAG